CUUUAUUCCAUACACGUGUCUUUGAGAAGUGAUUUGAUGUUUCGUAAAAGCAAACACAAAGAGCAGAUAGCGGUAGGAUACAUCGGGGACAUUCGCCCCUAGAUUUGAGGACAAUGAGACUUGCUCGAAAGGAAGUUGCCUCUCAUCGAGUCCCAGCCGUAUCCCACGUUCUUAGGGAUAUUCUGAUUCUUAGAACUCCUUCAUUUCCUAACAACUCACUAGAUAUGAGUGAUGAGUCUAAUGAUGACUCCCAUCAAAUCUAGCAAUCCGACAUGCCGCUAAUCAGCAUCCCAACACAGACCCUCAGUCCUUAUGGGAUACGGCCUGGGGGACAACCAGCGUCGCUCACCGCCGUGAGCGCUCCAAGUACGACCGAUUUCGUGUUAGGGAUCGAUACUUGUGGUUUCACCACCGCCAGUACGAUCGCUUGUAAAUUCGGAUAUGAGUGUACUAAUGUAGAGGGAUAUCGCGGUUGCUGCUUGCCGGGCGCUGAUGACUGUGCCUCUACGAUCUAUACGGCCUGCGUCGACUAUGGGAAAGUCGUCCACACAGCUGAAUGCGGACCACAGACACUAUGCUGCCCUAGCACACAUCCAUCCUGCUACACAUAUUGGUUCGAUGAUGUCGACGACCCCCAGGAAACAUUUAGACACAUCGAAUGCCAAGCAUCACGGGGAUUCGGGAUCCUAUACCCCUUUCCUCCAGAGUUAACCAUGACAUCGGACACAUCAACAACGGAAACAGAUCCCCCACCCGACACUUCUAAUUUAACCCAAAUCACGAUCGAGUCCGAGGGCGACUCAUCGUCUGAUUCCUCGACAUCCGCGGGUACUAUAAUAGGUAUCGUAGUCGGCUCUGUCGCCUUCAUCAUCAUAUCCGCCAUAAUCGUCGCUCUAAUAUUCCGCCGGCGUCGGGCCAAAAAGAACGCUGCUACCGCUCCAUCGGUUCCCGUGAAGAGCACAGAUAGCUCGGUCGAUAUCUUGCCAUCUCCAGAAAAAGAACCGAGGCAGACAGCAGCCGCAGCAGCAGUAAGACCAGAAAGACCGCCGACCCGAAGAAGCUUUCUCCGACCCCUUUCCAUGAUCCAAGAGCAUCCUCUCUCCAUCGCCAAGCCCACACCCAUAUCCACCACCUCCUUCGUGCCAGGCAUCAGGAGGUACAAGUCCGCAGCAGCGCGCCAGAGCCCCACGCCGAAUUGGCCACUUAGCCCACCUGGUAACCCCCUAAGCUCGCAUCCGAUCGACGCAGACUUGAUGAAGCGCCUCAGCGACAGUCGGCUUGGAACCCGCGGCGGCUCAGAAAGCCGAGCAAUUAGCGACGGGCGGCAGAAAAGCCUGCCACGCACCCCUGUGCUCCCGUUCCCUCCGCCACCUCCGCCGGGCACUAGACCCGCGGCCCCCCUGGCGCCGCUCAAACCAUCGCGUGACUUCGAGAGCACAGGCACCACGCCCACCAGUGCCACAGCGGCGCUGCAAAGCCCGCGGCUAAGCCACGUUCCCGUAUCACCGAUCAUGAACCGGGUUCUCGACGGGCCUAGUUCGCAUCGCGCCGUAAACAACCCUUUGGCUUCGACUGCAAGGCCUAUUAGUGCCGUGGGCCCGGAGCCCGUGUCGCCGAUCGGAAGUGACGAAGGGGUAGAUGAUUUGCCCCGGCUUAGCUACAUCUCGGCGCCUAGCGCGGCUGACGAGGGCGGGCUGGGGCGUGAUGAGAUGGUUUCGCCUAUAGGUGCGUAUGAGGUGGAUAGUGAUACGGAGGUGCCGGAAAGCCCGGUGACGGUUAGUCCGCUGGAGAGCCCGCGGGAGAGUAUGGAUUCUUAAGACUUUAGAGGAUGGGAUGUUAGUUUGGUGGUGCUAUACAUUGUGCUUGGUAUAGUUUCUUUGUAUACAUAUAUUUCUACAGUUGUUCGGUUUAUUUAGGUGCAACAGCAUCUAUGCAGUGUAUCUCGGGACAUAUAUCUCUUAGCUAUGCGUUACAUACCUCAUAUGAAUGUGCCUCAUCGGGUUUCGCAGGUAGCUGCUGUAGAACAUCGGGUUAUUGAAGCACGCGCUUUUACGGCUAUGUACAUGACUUCGGCUUUGACUUGGGAUACUACGAGGUUUGGUCGUACAUGUUUGUAUCUUAUUCCUGUCACCGCGCACGGUUAAAUAGGCGGUGUUAAGGAGAACAACACGUAGCUGUGUCAAGUUAAGAUGCGCUGCUAGCUGGACGUUUUCUCAUUGGGAAUGAUCCUAACAAAGUCGGGGUCAUUACAUGGCGUUUAUAAAGGGGGAAAGCCGGUGAC